AUGAGUUCGAGCCAGCCAGGGACCUGCUCGUGUCGGGGUGCUGCAGGCCGCCCGGCCAUUCUGUACGCACUUCUGAGCCCUAGCCUCAGGGCCAGGCCCUCUGUGCCCCCAGCCCGUAGUCAUUGCCUGUGCAGGCAGCACCGGCCUGUCCGGCUGUGUGCUCCCCAUCGCACCUGCCGGGAAGCCUUGGAUGUUCUGGCCAGAACAGUGGUCUUCCUCAGGAACCUGCCGUCCUUCUGCCAGCUGCCCCCCCAGGAUCAGCAGCGGCUGCUGCGGGGCUGCUGGGGCCCCCUCUUCCUGCUGGGGUUGGCCCAAGACACUGUGACUUUCGAGGUGGCCGAGGCACCAGUUCCCAGCAUACUCAAGAAGAUCUUGCUGGAGGAGCCCAGCAGCAGCUCAGGCAGCGGCCAGCUGCCAGAUCGACCCCAGCCCUCGCUGGCUGCGGUACAGUGGCUUCAGUGCUGCCUGGAGUCCUUCUGGAGCCUGCAGCUGGGCCCCAAGGAAUAUGCCUACCUGAAAGAGACCAUCCUCUUCAAUCCUGGUGUGCCGGGCCUCCACGCCUCCUCCCACGUUGGACACCUGCAGCAAAAGGCUCAUCAUGCUCUGUGCAAGGCCCUGGAGACCUGGUGCCCAGCAGGCCAGGGCCGCUUGGCCCGUGUCCUCCUCACAGCCUCCACCCUCAAGUCCAUUCCGCCCAGCCUGCUUGGGGACCUCUUCUUUCGCCCUAUUGUUGGAGACACUGACAUCGCUGGCCUCCUCGAGGACAUGCUUUUGCUGAGCCAACCUGUUCCAGCCCAGGCAGAGAUCAAGUGCUCCCUCUCACCUCAACGAGCGUCAGAUCACAGCCAGUGAGGAAUAUGAAGCAGUCCAUUCCUAAACUAAAACAGACAAGGUCACUGGAAUUCCUGCAGUUUGGGGUCGCUCACUUCCACCACCCCUGCUGAUGACAGAAGAGGAUAGUCCACUGCUCUCCCAAUGGGAGGGGCAAGGGCAUCUAGGGUUGACCUGGUGCAGCUGCUUGGAGGCCAAGGCUGGCUGAGGUUUAGCUGCCACACCAGAUGUUCAAGUCGGAGACACUUCCAUGGCAGUUAGUUCACAGAUACUGCCCUGAGCUCCCCCCUACCCCCGAGUUCCCUUCCGUGGCCCCCCUGUCCCAGCCCUUCUCCUGGAAUCCAUUCUCAUUGGCCACAACUAGAGGGGUAAUGCUUGGCAUAGCCAUGGCCUUCAGGACCGCUCCAUUCAGUGCAUGGCUUGUGUCU